UCUUCCCCCCCAAAUAUCUUUCUUUUCGCGGUAUUUUCUGCCCUGAUCUAGUCCCUUAAGUCUCCGCACACAUUCCUCGCAGAGAUCCGCAGUGUAGGUACGUGACAGCUCUGCCUACAUUUUACGUCCAGAGUAAUUUGCCAGGAAUAUUUGUGUGUCUGUGUGUCUCUCUGUUGAAUCACCAGAAUUCUUCAUAGGGGUUAAGCUAAAAAGCGAGGAGCGGAGCCCCUCUCCAAUGGCUCAGUUUUGCUGAAUAAUCACGUGUGAAUCGAGGGGCGGGCUUUUGGCAGGCUGAUCUUACUAGUAUUUACUACCAAGCUCUACUCCAGAUUAACCAUCCCAGUCUUCUGUCAGUCUCCGAUGCCAUCAUGCAGCCUGGUUAGGAGCAAAGGAAAGGGGAAAAAGAAAAACAACUAAUUCAUCUUUUCCCGACCGUCAGGACCCUAAAGAAUGGCCGAACCUUGGGGGAACGAGUUGGCGUCCGCCGCUGCCAGGGGGGACCUAGAGCAACUUACUAGUUUGUUGCAAAAUAAUGUAAACGUCAAUGCACAAAAUGGAUUUGGAAGGACUGCGCUGCAGGUUAUGAAACUUGGAAAUCCCGAGAUUGCCAGGAGACUACUACUAAGAGGUGCUAAUCCCAAUUUGAAAGACGGAACUGGUUUCGCUGUCAUUCACGAUGCAGCCAGAGCAGGUUUCCUGGACACUUUACAGACUUUGCUGGAGUUUCAAGCUGAUGUCAACAUUGAGGAUAAUGAAGGAAACCUGCCCUUGCACUUGGCUGCCAAAGAAGGCCACCUCCCGGUGGUGGAGUUCCUUGUGAAGCACACUGCCAGCAAAGUGGGGCAUCGGAACCAUAAGGGGGAUACCGCCUGCGACUUGGCGAGGCUCUACCGGAGGAACGAGGUCGUUAGCCUGAUGGAGGGAAACCGGGCGGAGGGAGCUGAGAAUCGGCAAUGAAUGUGGGGAGGGCUCUCUCCCACACUGCCUUCUAUUUUGUCAGUUAAAUUGUUAGCUGUCCUAUUUUUAAUGUCAUUUGUUAAAAUUCAGUUCCGUCAUAUUUUAAGGAACUAGUUAAAUCUUCUGAAACUAAGUGAAAAUCUUACUACAGGUUUUAUGAAUAUAUUUAAGCAACUUUUCACCUGCAAAAUCCUGCGUUCUAACAUGUAACUGCAAAUAGCUAUGGCUUUCUUCUGAAUAUUUUAUCUUUCCUUGACUUUUUCCUUGUUUCUCCCUUUGCCAUUCUCAAUACCCAUAUUUAAAAAUGGUUUGUCCUGAUGCUUCUUUUGCCUAAUUAAAACACUUUUUUCAAAACAGGACAAUGUUUUUCUGUGAUUUCCACUCCUCUAUAACCUCCACAUAAUUUGCCACUUGCUAAGGAAACCAUAUAAAACAUCAUGAUGUUUUAAGUCUUGACAUUAGAAAACGUACCAAUUGAAAAACUAGACAUGUUCUGGUGAUUCAAUUAUUCUUUUCUUCCGCUCCUUAUGCCUCUACCCAAAGAGUUUAUUUGGUGCCUAGUAUUUCUGCUUUAAAAUAGAAUAAGAACAACGUUUUUUGAGGAUCAAACCUGAAAUUAUUUCAAUGUGAAUUUAUCCUAAUGUUCAAUCUUCUCUUUUUCUCAAACUUAAGUUGAAUAGUUGAAAAACGGGCUUCAGAAGAAGCGAUCUAAAACAAAAUAUACGUUAGCUCUAAAAGCUACUUUAAAAAGAAAAUGCCAAAUGAAACAAUUGAUUAAAUAAUAUAUUUCCACAAAUCAUACAAUAAAUACACUAAGUGUAA